AUGAAACUAUUUUCAGGUGGGCUUUUAGGAACCUACCUCCUCCUUUCCACAUUGUUCUGGCCAUCUCUUUCUAACCCCCACAGGCUACCCCCAACAACUCCCAACAACACCAUCCAGCAAUAUCUAAUCCCUCACAACACUCAAAGAUCAAAGCUUGGCCUCCCUCCUCUCAAAUGGAGCCAAAAGCUAGAGAAAUACGCGUCUUGGUGGGCACACCAAAGGCAAGGAGAUUGCUUUUUGAUUCACUCAAACGGCAAAUUUGGUGAGAACCUUUUCUGGGGCAGUGGACAAGACUGGAAGCCAAGUGAUGCAGUUGCAGCUUGGGCACAAGAGAGAAGUUACUACAAUUACAAGACUAAUUCUUGUGCUCAUAACAAAGAUUGCUUGCAUUAUACACAGAUGGUUUGGAGGCAGAGCUUGAAGGUUGGUUGCUCCAAAGUCAAAUGUAAGUGUGGAGAUACAAUUUUGGCUUGUGUUUAUGACCCCCCUGGUAAUUUUAUAGGUCAAAAACCAUACUGA